AUGUCGGCAUCAGCACGGUUAAAGCUCAUUAGCGACCACCCCAUCGGGGAUGGGCUAGACGCCUUCCACGCGUCGUUCGAUUCAAUAUGCAAUAGUACUGGCAUACGCUCAGCCGACGAGAUCGAUGAGCUUGGACGAGAAGACGCCCAAGACCUUGCAUCGAGUCUGCUAUCAGCACUUCAGAUUCUUCCUGUGUCUCGUCAGUUACAAUCCAGUUCAGGUGUGGGCACCGUCCGAAAUGAGCUUCUGAGGCUAGUAUCUACCGUCGCCUCCGACGACUUCGACUUUGACCGUGUCAAACCUCUCCUCAAAGCAGCGCUUGCGGACAAUCAGGAGGAUGCAUUGAUUUGGGACCUUGUGUCUGCUGCCGCGGUCGAAUCAACCCCGCCCCGCCGGCCGAUACCGCCGUCGACCCAACAAACACCGUUGAGCCAGAACACGAGUGGUCUGGUGAACUCGUCGGAAUUGAGGCAUGACGUGGACCCGAUACUUAAGCUGGAGCUCGAAUAUCUCUAUGUUGGACUUCCCAACUUCCACGAGACCUUCUUUGGAGACGUGCCAGCCCUUGAUAUGGUUUCUGAGGCUGUUUUCCGGCAAUGCUCUGAAGGCGAGACUCCACUCUUCAGAGAUGGGUGGGCUGGGUGGCCGGCAGCUGCGAAGGAGGGCGAAGUGCUGGCUUGGUUUGGUGAUUUAAUCCCAAAGCUAGAAGCAUUUGCAGUCGACCACAGUUCGCGUCCGGUGGCUAGUCGAAAGCUGUUGGCGCAGCCGAGGUCUCCACUGGCGGGCUCUACGGGCAAGCGUAGCAUGGACAUUGGCUUCGUCAGUCAUGACGCCACAUGCAAGCCAGACUCUACUGAUUCGACAUAUCAUUGGUCACAUAUCCUCGUUGUCGGCGAACUGAAAAGCAACCCGAAAGCUGACACGGCGUCGAUCGCGUGGACUGAUCUCGCAAGGUAUGCAAGAGAGGUAUUCGCUGCCCAAGUCACCCGUCGCUUCGUUCUGGGUUUCACUCUCUGCGGGUCUCUUAUGAGAAUGUGGGAGUUCGACCGGCUCGGAGGGGUCGCCUCCGAACAGUUCAACAUCAAUAAGGCGGAUGGUGCGCUACGUUUUGUUACGACGAUAUUGGGAUUUCUACAAAUGGAUGAGGAGAUGCUUGGGUUUGACCCUACCGUAAUUGCAUCCGGCGACGAACAAUAUAUCGACAUCGAACGAAACGACAAAACAGAACGCCUGGUCAUUGACGAGGUCAUGAAGCGAGCACGUUGUGUUGCUGGUCGGGCAACAGUUUGUUGGAGAGCCCAUCGGAAGGAGGAUCCACAGACGCCGUUCGUCAUCAAAGACUCGUGGCAAUAUCUGGAUCGGGACGAAGAAGGCGAACUCCUCCGAGAGGCGACCAACAAAGGCGUUGCUAAUGUUGCCCGAUACUACCACCAUGAGACCGUUCGCGUACGAAAUGCCGAUGAUGACAUACAAGGAAACAUUCGAAAGGGAUUGGACGUCACCAAAGCCACGAACUAUCGAUCAGGACGUGCAAUGCUGCAGUCAAGUGCGAGUGCGAACGCGUCUGUUCUACGCAACGCACGAAGUAGCAGCCUUGGCGUAAAACGACCCUCCAGCGAUACUUGCGCCAGUCUGCCGCCGACUAAGCGAUCCCGUCCAACGUCUCCAUCAACGGCAAGCAGCGAAAAAUUACCGAAUCGGGUGCAUCGGCGAGUUGUUGUUCGCGACUACGGAAAGCCAAUCUACAAGGCAAGCUCGCGCACGGCGCUACUUUCUGCUCUCGAAGGCUGCAUCGAAGGUCACGAGUUGUUGCACAAAGCUGGUCUUCUCCACAGGGACAUCUCGAUCAAUAACCUCAUGGUUAAUGAGGACGAAAGAAACCCUUCUUGGCGAUCAUUUUUGAUUGACCUGGACCUUGCUGUCAUUGAACAACGAGAGAUUGCAUCGGGGGCCAAGGGCAAAACCGGCACGAGAGCAUUCAUGGCCAUUGGGGCACUCCUAGGACAGCACCAUUCGUUUAUGCACGACCUCGAGUCGUUCUUCUGGGUCCUCUUCUGGAUAUGCAUCCACUACGACGGGCCAGGCCAUGAUAUUGGGCCAACUGAAUUCGACAAGUGGAACUACGUUGGCAUGCAGGAGCUAGCAAAACUGAAGAAGGGAGAGGUCUCUGACGAAAGAGACUUCUGUCAAACAGCAGAGGAAAACUUUACAACGUAUUACCAACCUCUUAUACCCUGCGUUAAUAGGUUGCGGAAAGUGGUGUUUCCCAAUGGCAGGAGGUGGGUGUCAGAAGACGACACAUUGUAUCUCUCGAUGAAAAGUAUUCUUCGUGACACCCAGAAGGAUCCAAACAUAGCGGAAGAGUAG